CGACUGCAGGCCACUGCUGUUGCCUUUCUUGAUUGAGGGAAUAAACCCACGUACUCUUUGUACAAAGGGAGCCUCACUGCCUGCCUGCCUGCCUGCCUCAAGUCAACGUUCCACUUCGUGAGGAGAGGUUGUGACCAGUGAGUAGCGGCCGGCGAUCGAUGAUGUCUUUAGAUGGCGGGAGGAGGAAGACGGCGUGUGUCACCGGAGGGAGCGGCUAUAUCGCUUCGGUGCUCAUCAAGACGCUUCUCGAGAGGGGCUACUCUGUCAAGACGACCGUCAGAGACCCCGAUGACAUGGAGAAGAACUCCCACCUCAAGGACUUGCAAGCGGCUGGCCCCUUGGAGAUCAUCCGAGCCGAGCUGGACGAAGAAGGUAGCUUCGACGAUGCCGUAUCCGGCUGCGACUACGCCUUCCUCGUCGCUGCUCCGAUGAACUUGCGGUCAUCGAAUCCCGAGAGAGACCUGAUCGGGGCCGCUGUGCAAGGAACUCUGAACGUGAUGAGGUCGUGCGCGAGAUCAGGGACGGUGAAGCGCGUGAUCCUGACGUCGUCGCUGGCGGCGGUGUCCCGGAGGCCGCUGGAAGGCGGCGGCCACGUGCUGGACGAGAGCUCCUGGUCCGACGUGGAUUAUCUCAGAGCCAACAAGCCACCGACUUGGGCGUACGCGGUGUCGAAGGUGCUCUUGGAGAAGGCGGCGUGCGACUUCGUGGAGGAGAACGGCAUCAGCCUCGUCACGGUGUUGCCGGUGGUCACCUUGGGCGCGGCGCCGCUCUCCAAGGUCGGAACCAGCGUCGCCAUCGCCCUCUCCCUGUUGUCUGGGGACGAGGCGCAGCUAGAGAUCCUGAAAGGCCUGCAAUCGUUCACCGGCUCAUUGCCGAUAAGCCACGUCGACGACCUCUGCCGCGCCGAGGUGUUCCUAGCCGAGAACGAGACCUCGUCGGGGAGGUACAUCUGCUGCAGCCACAACACCAACCUCCGGCAGCUGUCCCGUCUCCUGGCAGAGAAGUACCCGCAAUACGACGUGAAACCUGAACGGUAUAUAUAUCUACCUAGCGGCUGCUUAAAAUCCUCGACGACCUGUAUCCAUGUUUUCAUCCAUAUACGUGUGUUUUUUUGCAGCUUUGAUGAUGGAUCCUCUGAGACGGCCAGUGUGUGCCAGUCCUCUGGAAAGCUCGUCGGAGAAGGGUUCGUGUUCAAGCAUGAUGACUUGGGGGAGAUACUCAAUGAUGUCGUCGAGUAUGGAAGGACUGCGGGGAUUCUGCCUUACUGAUAUAUG